UGCUGAGCCGGGCGGAAGUGACGUUUGCGAGCUCGGCGGCUAGUCCCGCCGGGCGCGGAGAUACCGGGCCGUGCCCGGGAUGGACCCGGCGGCCGAGCACCGCCAGCAGCUCCGCAGCCUGCGGGACUUCCUGCUGGUCUACAACCGUAUGACCGAGCUCUGCUUCCGCCAUUGCGUCUGCAACCUCAACUACCGGCUGCUCACGGGCCGCGAGGAGUCGUGCCUGGACAGCUGUGCCGCGAGGCUGGUCCGCGCCAACCACCGCCUGAUGGGCGCCUACGUGGGGCUGGUGCCGGCAAUGCUGCAGCGCCGCGCAGCCGAGUACGGGGCGCCUGCGGGGCCCUCCGGACUGCCGGCCUCCCCUGACCCGGCCCCGGGCCCUGCCGAGUCCUCGCCAGACGCUCCCGCUGCCGGCACAUAGCAGCACCUGGCCGCAGCUCCCCGCGGCAGCCGGACACGACUGGCACCAGCCCUGGCCUGAGGCAGCAGGAGCAGCAGCAUCCUCCCUGCGCUGGAGCUCCAGGCUGGAGCAGCAUCUGCACUGGGCCCUGGGAGCCCUCAGCAGUGGCUGGGCUCUGCAGGGCACUGGGGAUAGGGGCACAGGAACUCGGGAAAAGCCCCCCGAGCCCUCGUGGUUGUGGACUUCUGGGAAGUGCAUUGUUAGUCCCAAUAAAACAUCGUUACAGUAA